AUGGGCACUCACAUCAUCACCGAGCUGGACCAGCAGCUCGCAUCACUGAACCAGCUCAAAGCACCUGGCGCCAGCAAAGGCAAGAUCAGUGCCAUCACUGCACUCUGCGUAAGCAAUAUUCAGGCCGAAUCGAACAUCGUCCAAUCGUUGUACCGCGCCCUCAAAAAGGCACCUGCCACACACAAACUCGGCGCCCUGUACGUGAUUGAUAGUGUCACACGACAAUGGAUCGAGAAGGCGAAGCAGGCGGGUCAGAAUCUGAACAUAGAAGGCCGUGGCGAGCCAGGGACAUUCUCGGCAGCCGUCAAGCGUGUCACUGAGUUGAUGCCUGCCUUGUUCGACGACAUCACAAAAGCCUUGCCAGCAGAGCAGAAACCCAAACUUGAGAACAUGCUCGGUAUUUGGGAGAAGGGCAGUACAUUUCCACCUAAGCUUCUUAUCGACUUCCGUGCAAAGGUCAGUAGUGGCGGCGUGGCACCCGCAGCAGCUCAACCUCCCACCAACGGCACACCUGCUAGUAACCCUGCUCCAGCUGCAAAAGCGGUGACCGAGAAGUUCAGGGCGCCUAUCAUUAGCAGACCUGCUGGCACACCUGUAGGCUAUCCGCCGCAGUAUCUGUACGACCAGGGCUUUCUUUUGAGGCAAGCUGAGCAGCGUCCUGCUCUGAAUGGCUCAGCUGCGGUACACAGCAGACCAGUACCUUCACAGCAGCCGGUAAUUCAGCCAGCGCCGGCGCCUGUGCAAGACGUGAACAGCAUCUUGGCAGCUCUGGCCAGCGCUGCACCUCAGCAGGUUCCUCAACCACCACCUCAAUUGAUGCACCAGCCAGCUGCACCACCACAGUUGCCUCCCAACUUUGCUGCAUUGUUCCAGCAGAAUGGUGCGCCUCCUUCAUUCCCGCCUCCACAUCAAGCUCCAACAUUUGCGGCACCUCCGCCGUUCAAUCCUAUGCAGAUCCCUGGGUUUCAGCCACCCGCAGGCUUUCCUGGAUUACUGCCACAGCCUCCGCCGUCAGUACCACAAACGUUUGCCGCAGCACCCCCUCCACCAGUAGACCCACUUGGGCCACUACGAGAAAUUCUGCCUGCGAACAUCAUUAAUGAUCAAGGUAAGCUGGUCAUGGCGCUCAAUCUGCUGCAAGACUUGCAGAAGCAGGGUCUGCCUAUGGAUCAGUGGGGUCCUGUUCUCAUAGCGUUCAGUGAAUCACAACCAUCGACCCAGUCCAAUGGCUUUGAUGCGCACGGUAGACGUAGAAGUCGCAGUCCCGAGCGCGAUGGCGGUCGAGGUAGAGCUAGUCCAGUGUACGGCACAUAUGAGGAGAUGACAGCCAACACUCGUGGAGGCGACGAUCGUGGCAAUCGUGGUGCCAAUGGCCGUGGACGCUACAGACAGCGCUCUCCCAUCCACACUCUGCGCGACUUGCCAAUGCGUGACAGCCCUGGCCCACUCGCUCUGACCGGUCAACCCAUGCAGCCAAAGUACAUCGGCAUUGACAGUUCUCUGCCUCCAGACAGCAUCAAAGUACUCUCGCGUACGCUCUUCGUAGGCGGGGCCAACGGCACACAACAAGAAAUCCAUCAGCUCUUCGAACGCUUCGGCCGCGUCCAAACCUGCAUAGCCAACCGCGACAAACGCCAUGCCUUUGUCAAAAUGACAACCCGUAACCACGCCUUGAGCGCCAAAGCCGGCAUGGAGGAGCUGCAGAACCGGAACGACCGCGAAGUUAUGAAUAUCGCUCGUCAGACGAAAUGGGGCGUCGGAUUUGGACCACGCGAAUGCUGCAAUUACCAAAUUGGAGAGAGUAUCAUCCCUAUCCACAAGCUUACUGAUGCGGAUCAUAAAUGGUUGAUCAGCGCUGAAUUUGGCGGCACCGGGGGAAAGCCGUUGGAAGGCGGGAUGGUGCUUGAGGAGCCGGAUAUUGAGAUUGGGGCUGGUGUGAGUAGUAAGGCGAUGAGCAAACGUGUCUUGCCUGAUGCUUCGGCCGCUGCUUCUCAGGGGCAGCCACCUGCCAAGCAGCAGAAUCAGGGUAGUGGGCAGCAUGGCGAUGGUGGCCAUGGUCAUGGUCAUGGGAAUGGACAUGGGCAUGGACAUCAUGGUGGGAAGCAGGGCAAGAGGCACAAGAAGCACAAUGACUUCGAUCGCCAACCGGCUGACUCGUAUGGAAAUGGUGGUGGGUAUGGAGGUGGACAGGCGAUCGGUGGUGGGCAGCAGGGUGGUGCUCAGAUCAUGGAGAGUUAUGGAUAUGCUCGGCCGCUCAUCAGGCAGGAGCCUGUGGCUGUGGCUACGCCGCCAUCAGUGCCUACUUUCGGCUUUAGUUUGCCCGGGCAGGGGACGUAUCUGUGA